CACCUAAAAGACAGAAAAGUACACAGCCGACUCCACAUCAGAAACACAUGCAUGCAAACACACAGAUUCUACACUUUGUUGGCUCGCUACGGCUGUGGGUAGACCUUAUUAUGCACAUGAACUUAAUAAUCUUUAUUGGUUUGAACUGAAAAACCGUUGUGUAACUGGGUGAAACAUGACUGAGCAUAUAAAGAUUUACCGUGAUUCAUGGCAGUUUUUGCCCUCACGGAGCAGCAGGAAGUGGAGUUUAUGCAGUCGUAUAAUUGUGCAAGCUGUCGGGCUGUCAAGCAAAAUUUGGAUGGAAUGGCUAAACAGGACUAAAGUUUACAAUAAAAAUAUUUUGCAUGAAGCCAUUGCUUCAAGACCACAAAACCGCGGACUUGUUACAGUCAGCAACCAUACGAGUUGCAUAGAUGAUCCACUGUUAUGGGGAACACUUAAGCUUCGUUACCUGCUAAACCCCUGUUGCAUGCGCUGGACACCAGCAGCUGAGGAUAUUUGCUACACAAAGCCCUUGCAUUCUUGGUUCUUUAGCAUGGGCCGUUGUAUCCCUAUUCGUCGGGGGUGUGGCGUCUACCAAAAAAGCAUGGAUUUCUUGUUGGACAAGCUGAACAAGGGUGCUUGGAUUCAUUUCUUCCCAGAAGGGAGGGUGUGUCUCACAAAUGAACUUUUGAGACUGAAGUGGGGUGUGGGACGUUUGAUAUCAGAGUGCAAUAUUCCCCCCCUUGUAAUCCCCAUUGCGCACAUGGGUAUGGACAGUGUUCUUCCCAAUAAAACACCAUAUAUUCCCCAGAUCCGAAAGAAUGUCACAAUGCUGAUAGGAAACCCAAUGGACUUCGCAAGAGAUAUAGAGCUGCUUAAAACCUUGAAAAAGUCUCCAAGAGACAUACGGAAGCAUAUCACAGACAAGAUCCAGGAAGAGCUGAAGGUCCUGCGAGAGAAGGCUCAAGUGCUACAUGCUGAGUUCAAAACUUGAUAUUGGCUUUUCAUAGACCAGGUUCUCAGCUAUUCUGGUGAUGUAGUGUGGUCUACAAGGUUUCAGGAAACAGAUGCAGCAGUUUGUGCUAGUCUGCUAUUAUCAAUAUGCCUAAACAUAAAAAAGAAAUGUUCAGAUGACUUGGUUUUUUUUUUUUUUUAAAGCGUCACCACCUUUGAGAUGCAUUCCCAAACAAUCAGACCUCUGAGACAUUUGAAGCCUGGAGGGAAAGCUUUGGUUUUUAGGUGGGAUGGUUGGAUUCGGCAGAUAUGAUAGACAGGUGGAUUCAAACAAUUCUAAAAGUUUAGCAAAAAAUAGGUAAUUUAAAGAAAUUGUUGGUGGCUUUUGUCUGACCCCAUUUGCAGCCAUUCAAAUUUCAUUCAUUUUUUUAAGCUUGAAUCUGUGACCUUUCAGAAGCAUAUACACCAUGAUUAUUUUCUAAAAUCCUUUAAUAUGUUUUUAACAGGUAAAUUUAAAUCUUAAAUAUAUUAUGACCUUUUGGUCUACUGAUUCUAUAGAAUGCAUUAAUAAGGAAAAUAUCUGAGCUGGUGAUAUACAUUAAUUUGUUCAGUUUAUGAGUAAGGGACACAGUAGCAGCUUACCAAAAGGGAGUUAUGAAGGUGGUAGAAAGCAGUGAGAAAGGCAGGACAAAUGAAUGUGAAAGAAAUUAAAUGCUUAUUCACAAGUUUAGUAUUCAUCAAGUGCCUGUUCAGCUAUUAUGCUGAACAAACUUAAACCAUAAAACUAGAGAGCACUUCAGGGAGAAACAGCUGAUUUGUGCUUCAGUUGCCACCCAUAGCAGUGAUUAGAUGAGUAGUAUCACCAUUUUCAUUACUAAAUUUAUGCUGCGAAAGAGUUUGCCGUAUAACAACACUUUGAUUUCAUGAGUGAAGAUAUCAUGUGUGCACUCAAAUUGUCCAGACCAUAAUUUCUUAAUAGCUGAGAUGUUAAUCCUGAUCACAUAACUGAUUAAUAUACAUAAACCUUAAUCAAGUUAUAUUGUUUGGUUUUGAAUGUGUAGCAUCAAGUGUAUGGCAGGUUUACACCUUAUCAUUGCAGUUCAGAAUUUUGCAGAUUAUAUAAAUCAAAUGGAAAAUAAAAUACACAGUAACAAAAUGCAUUUGGAUAUGUACAAGUACCUCAUUGGACUUUAGUGUUUAUACCCACCACCUUGCUUUUAUGGGUUGUGUGUAUAAAUGCAAAGCCCUGAAGUGGCUGAAGCAUAAGGUGGUGCAGAUUUUCAGUUUGUCAACUUUAAGUUGACAGCAAAUGACUUUCAGAUCUUUUAAUCCUUUUUUCAUCUUUGGUCAUGCUGAUCGUUUUGCCAGUUGACAAAUCUGUCAUUCCAAUUUAGGAUGUGCACAAAUUUCUUAUAUUUUUAACUGCAAUAAAAACUUCUUACACUCGAAAAGUA